GCUCAUUCCGUUGAGACGCAGCCGCCGAGCAGAGCUCUAACCCGGACACUGAAGGACCAGAGCGGACCCCCCUACACGGAACCCCCCCCAGCCACGCUUCUUUACCCCGACCAGCCGCCCACAGCCCCCCGGGAGGACAGCCAUGAUCCGCCUGAGCCUCGCGUUCCUGCUGGCCGCCUCCGUCUGCGCCGAGUCGCAGGUCCGGGAGAUGGAGACCUGGAUGCCCAUGAAGACCACGCAGACGGUCGCCAUGGCGACGCGCCAUGACGGCGACCUGGAGGCGUCGGGCGACGCCCCCAACAGCUCCGACUUCGCCUUCCGCGACGACGAAGACGACGAGGACGACUACGAGUUCUCGGGGUCCGGAGAAGGAGAGUCGACGGCGAGUCCUGCAGCAGAAUCCAGACCCACGGAGAAGUCCGACGUGAACGACAUCCCUGAGCCGGAGCGGCCGGUGCGACCAACGGCCACCGGGGACGGCGGCGACAAUGACAUCCUCCGGGUGGAGGAGCCGGUGGAGGAAAUGCCGUCCAACGUCCUGAUGUCUCACGCCGGAGACGAGAGCAUCUUCAACAAGACGGAGGUCCUGGCAGCUCUGAUAGCCGGCGGCGUGGUGGGGCUGGUGUUCGCCGUCCUGCUCAUCCUGCUGCUCGUCUACCGCAUGAAGAAGAAGGACGAGGGAAGUUACGACCUGGGGAAGAAACCCAUCUACAAGAAGGCCCCGACCACGGAGAUCUACGCGUAGGCCCCGCCCCCUGACGUCUGGCCCCGCCCCCUGACCUCUGGCCCCGCCCCCACCACGGAGAUCUAC